AUGCAACAGUUCUAUCAUUUUGCCAAAAUUGCUGGCACCGGACCCAUCCCCGGAUCCGGUAUAUCGGUACAGGAUCCGAAAACACGCAAAAGCGUCUACGUCGUAAUUCUGUUCCUCACUCACGCUACGCAUGGCAUACCGGGGACGCAGUUCGCGUCGCACGUCAGCUUCAACACGCCUGGCCGUAGCUUCGUUCACGGGGUGGGCGACCCAAUACCAGUGUUGGAACGAAGAGCCCACCAACGCCACCCGCAGAGCCCGCCAGUAAAGAGGUUGCGAAGACCGACGCACGCGACUGCUGGAUACCCGCGACACAAACCAUCGAUACCCUUCCAGGCCGAGGAGGUCCCGCAUCAGACGAUCGCGACGCCUUGGCAAUACGACAGCUUCAUGAGUGUCCCGAUCCCGGUGCUGCCACCGUCGCCCUACAGGGUGGACUCGCCCGACCCGGAGUCGCUGUGGCCGCUGGGCCUGUUCCUGCCGCCGCUCGCCGCGAGGGGCCCAGGGGCCCUCAGGCGGUCGGACUCCGGCGGCGACGCCGAGGCCGAGGCGGGCGCCGACCCGUACCUGGUACGCGGCGGCGCGGCGGCGCGCGCGGCGGCGCGGGCGCGGCGGCGCGGGGCGCUCUACUUCCACGACGUCCCGCACAUCGCGUCGCUGCUCGCGAACCAGGAGCUGAGGAUUCAGAACAACCUCGAGCCUCACCGGAUCGCCAGCAUACGGCAGAGCUGGCCGUACAGCCGGCCCUAGCGUACGAAUGAAACAAAAAUAUCUCGUUUGUGGUAUAUUUGUAAACGUGGAUACAUGUGAGACGCUCGUCCUUAUGCCUGAUACCUGUCCGACUGCAUUUACAAAAAUAUAUAAAAAUACCUCAUC